UUUUACAAAAUACGUCUAACAAAUUGAUAGUACAUCCUUUAUAUUCAAGUUAUAUUGAUUCGAUUUAGGUGAGAAUGGAUGAUUGUACCACGUCACCAACAACCCAAGAUUCUUUUGAUCCAACGGUUCAGAAUAUCCUAGCUGACUUAUUUGCUAUAGUGACCCGAUCCGAUUGGUUGCGUGAUGAAACACGACCCGAUAAAUCCCUGGAGGCAAGAAUAGGAUAAACCCUCGAAAUUGAACUUCUAAAACCAUGGCUACGUAUCUUCUAUUUCCUCACCUUCACUGUUCUUGCUCCCUUGUCUUAAACCCUAACGGUCCAACCACGCAAUUUGCAUUCUCUCGAAAGCCUCCGCCUUUUGGAAAGAUUUUGAAAUUAAAUUAUCAGCUCAAAGCAACCAAAGCUUCCAUCAAUGGAGACUCCAACAAUGGAGCACUUGAAUCCCCAAAACCCUCUCGCCGAGGCCGGAAAAAGAAACCAUCUUCGGCUGCCACUCCUACUACGACAAAAAGAAGUAAAAGCUCGAAGAAAAUCGAAGCUGAAAAUGGCACAGCUGAUUCAAAUCAUGCUAAGCAAAUAGCUGUAGCGGAAUUAAACAACGAUAUAGAAGACUACGAUGACGGAAUAGAUUUCCCGUAUGAUAACCCGCCGUUGGUAUGCUGCUUUGGCGCCGUGCAGAAGGAGUUCUUACCUACGGUGAGGAUGCAUGAUAAUCAGAUGCACCCGGACAUGUAUUCGCAGUGGAAAAUGCUGCAGUGGGAUCCGCCGGAGUUCGGGAGAGCCCCAGGUGGGCCACCCUCCAACGUAGCGAUAUCGCACGUGAGGCUCGGGGGCAGGGCGGCCUUCAUGGGAAAAGUUGGGGACGAUGAUUUCGGGGAGGAGCUGGUGUUGAUGAUGAAUAAGGAGAGAGUGCAAACGCGAGCUGUGAAGUUUGAUGAGAAUGUGAAAACGGCUUGUAGUUUUAUGAAAAUUAAAUUUGAGGAUGGCAAGAUGAAGAUGGAGACGGUGAAGGAGGCAGCAGAGGAUUCCCUUCUUGCCUCUGAAUUGAACCUGGCUGUUCUCAAAGAGGCUAGGAUUUUCCACUUCAAUUCAGAAGUUCUAACAUCUACCUCUAUGCAAUCAACUCUAUUUAGAGCAAUCAAAAUAUCUAAGAAAUUUGGAGGGCUUAUAUUUUUUGAUAUUAAUUUGCCACUGCCUUUGUGGAGGUCCCGUGACGAGACCAGGGAAAUAAUCAAGAAAGCUUGGAAUGAAGCAGAUAUUAUUGAGGUUUCAAGGACAGAGCUAGAAUUUCUCUUAGAUGAAGAUUAUUAUGAGAGGAGAAGAAAUUACAGACCACAAUACUAUGCUGAAAAUUAUGAACAAACAAAGAAAUGGCGAGAUUACUAUCAUUAUACCCGCGAAGAAAUCUCUCCAUUGUGGCAUGAUGGACUUAAGUUUUUGUUCGUGACAGAUGGAACACUUAGGAUUCAUUACUACUCCAAUUUGUUUGAUGGUGUUGUGGUGGGAACAGAAGAUGUGCUCAUAACACCAUUCACUUGUGAUAGGACUGGAUCUGGUGAUGCUGUUGUGGCUGCUAUCAUGCGAAAGCUUACUACUAACCCUGAGAUGUUUCAAAAUCAAGAUGUUUUGGAGAGGGAGCUUCGUUUUGCUGUUGCAGCAGGAAUUAUAUCACAAUGGACAAUUGGUGCGGUUAGAGGUUUUCCUACUGAAAGUGCAACACAAAAUUUGAAAGAACAGGUCUAUGUACCUUCAAUGUGGUAGGCUAGAGGUGAGACGCAGAACCCCUUUCUGUCCCUUUUUCAAAUGCAAGGUAGAGGAAAUUUGUGAUUGAAAGAAGAUUUCAUGUUCCAUCUUCAGCGGCUUAAAUUGGUGCUAAGUAUGGGAGAAUUCAUUCCUAUAUUAUUCUUGUGAUUGAAGUACAGGUUUUGUUUUGUGACUGAGAAUCCUAGUCAAGAUUCAGCUCAUGUUCAUCGACGAGAAGUUCACCUGGUUACAUGUGCUUGAACCAAAAGGUCGGUGAUGAACAUGGUUAUUUUACUACAAAGGCUACCAAACCUUGAUUUUGAUGUCAGCCUUGCAUGAAUAUUAGGCAUGGCUGCAUAGAGGGCUAACCGUGUCAUUUUAAGGUGCAAUUUUGUUGCUGAGCUACCAAGCUUUUCGAGAAUUAUUGAUGGUCUGGUUUCCCUUCUUAGUUAAUGCAUGUUUACAUGAAAUCUUUAUGAAAAUCUGAUGCUAUUUCAAAA